AUGGAGCAUUACGUGGGUCAAAGAUGUUCCUAUCAGGGCGAGCGUUGCACAGUUCGUUUUGUGGGCGGCAUCGCAAAUAAAAGUGGCCAAUGGCUCGGGGUUGAGUGGGAUGAUCCCACAAAAGGGAGACAUGAUGGCACUUAUGAAGGAACAACUUAUUUUGCUUGCAAGCAUCCCUCGCGUACUGCUGGUUCUUUCAUACGACCGAGCAGACCGCAAGACCCAGCGAACGGUCUCGUGGAGGCAAUGGAAAUCAAAUAUGUCUCCUCGUCGAAGGGCUUGACCAGAGACGUUGAGAUCAUCGAAAUCAGCGGAAAGACAGUCGAGGAAGUCGGCUUUGAGAAGAUAGAACGACAAUUAGCAGGCUUGACAGAGCUGAAAAUCGUUGUGCUCGACAGUCUGCGCAUCAGAGGUAUCACGGGUGUUCCUAUGUCUUUCGCGAAGCAUGAAGCUAUAACGUCUGAUGUUCAGCAGCCUCUAUCAUGGCUUCGGCAGACUAAAAUUGAAGAGUUAGAUCUCAGCCGGAAUCUCUUCGAGCAUUGGGAUGAAAUUUACCUUGUAAGCCAGUCUAUUCCAAGGCUUCAGAUUUUGAAAUUAGCGGGCAAUCGUUUCUGUGGUUUGAGGACAUCGGAGCUUGAGCCUACAUACAAACAUGAUGACCAGCUCAAAGGACUGCACCUGGAUGAUACACUUCUUGAUUUCAAUACAAUUUCAAUCAUAGCCAGCCUAUACCCAAACCUCGCAACGUUGACAGCCUCCUACAAUCUCAUCUCUAGUCUUACCUCCGCACCGUCCACACCACGUCUUCGCCACCUCGACCUUUCCUUCAACCGCAUCAGUAAUCUUUUGUGCCUCGCCCCUCUCGCUUCCCUCCCCGAGCUCAAGUCCCUUUCCCUACGCUCGAAUCCUCUCACCACCCUCAACACCACACAACCCCUGAUCUUCCCAACAAUCACCCACCUUGACAUUUCCAGCACGUUUCUGCCCUCACUCCCUUCCCUCAACUCUAUUCCCAGCAUCUUCCCAAAGCUAAGCUCCCUUCUUACGCAACACACGCCCCUUUCCGCUCUGUCUUCCGCCUCACUCCUGACAAUCGCCCGGCUAGGUACAAUCAGAGAAUUCAACUACUCCUCAGUAUCAAUGGCGGAGAGGCAGAAUGCGGAAUUGUAUUACAUGAGCACGAUCGUGCAGCAACUUUCUGAUGCGGAAAGUCUAGAACAGGAAAGGGAUUUCCUGACUGAGCAUUCGAGAUGGCACGAGCUUUGUGAAUUGCAUGGGAAGCCGACUGUGCAGAGAAAGUAUGGGCAGGCGAAAGGCAAGGAAGAGGUUUACCCACCUGGGACUCUGGGUUCGAGGGUUGCGAAAUUUGUGUUCAUCAUGGCUAGUCAUGUAGAUGAGGGUAAGGUGAGUGGUGAGAAACAGGGAGAGGAAGGGGUGAAGAGGAGGAUUGCAAGGACGAGGAUUGUGCCAAUUGCCAUUUCUACAUAUCAACUGUUGGGGCUCGUGGCCGAGAUGUUUGGGAUGCCUUUUAUGGAUGUCAGAUUGGUGCUUGAGACAGAGGAAUUUGAUUUCCUUGGUGAUGAAGCAGAUGGAGAUGGUUCCGAAGACAUUGGAGAUUUUGUCGACGAGACUGCCGCCAAAAGUAAAGGAAGGAAGCCUCAGAAUGAGUGGGUCCGAAGAGAAGAAGAAAUGGUCGGAAGCACAAAGCCAGUGGGUGACUGGCUCCCCGUGGGCUUUGUGGGUAGUCCGAACAAGGAAGUCAAUAUCAGGGUAGAGGAGGUUAAAAGAUAA